AUCACGAUGAGGCAGUGCACGUCCAUAUACGCUAUAAUAUUCGGCCUGCUGAUUGCCCUGCAGUGCCUGACCCUUGGCGACACGGCGCCCAUCGGCGAACAUCCGGAUCACGCCGGCUGCAUACGGAUAACGAUCAUCAAACGACCUUUGACCACCACAACGACGACAACCACGACCACUACGACGACCACAACAACGACCAGAGCCCCAACAACAGUGGCAACUGGUUAG